AUGGGGUAAUGUUCAUGUCAAGAAUAAAUUCCUGUUAUUAGUGAGGUUCCUCCUAUAAAUUUGUUUCAGAAACCAAUAAUGAUUACAGAAGAAUAGAUUAAUGGAAAUUAGGCGACCCAUCCUUUGGAGGUGGACAAAGCAUUUUCUCAAGCUAAAACUAAAUAAAUGGAAGAUUCUGAAGAGCUAGAAUUCCAUAGACCUAAUAAGACAGAAGCUUGGGAAACAACUAAAUUAUUUGAAACAAUUUCUGAAAAAGUUAGAGUAAAAAAUGUUUAGCUUAAACAUUAUAGGAAUUAUAGAACUAAUUACCACCUUUAGAACUAGAAGAUAGAGAAGGGUAUUUUUAUGGAGUUUAUGAGCUCAAAAAUGGAUCCUUAUAUCAAGGCACUUGGAUUGAAGGCUUAAAAGAAGGAAAAGGUAGUAAUAGCUAAUAAAUUUAGGUGCAUAGAUUAUGAAGAAUGGAGCAUUAUAUGAAGGUUAUUUCGUUAAAGGAAAAUCUAAUGGUAAAGGUAGAAUGUUGUAUCCCGAUGGAGAUUAUUAUGAAGGUGAAUGGUUAGAUGAUUAACGUAAUAAAUUUCUCAAAUUUUAGUUCAUGGAUAUGGGGAGUACUAUCAUUUCGAUGGAACCAAGUAUAAAGGAAAUUGGAUAAAGGAUAAAUAGAAUGGAUAUGGGGAGGAGUAUUUUAAAGAUUCUUCAAACUUUAAAGGAUAAUUUUAGAAUGGUAAAAAAUUCGGAGAAGGAAUAUUUACAUUUCCAGAUGGUUCAUAAUAUGAAGGUCAAUUUAAAAAUAAUUAUUUUUCAGGCAAGGGGUAUAUAUAUUAAUGUAUUAUUUACAGUAAAUACACUUGGCCUAAUACUAAAUAAUAUAUUGGUUUAUGGGAAUCAAGUAAAAUGAAUGGAUAAGGUAUAAUGAUUUGGUAAGAUGGAACUCGAUAUGAAGGAUCAUAUUUAGAUGAUAAAAAACAUGGAUUCGGAACUAUUACAUGGCGUAUCUUAAUAUGUUUAUUAAUAUUUAGCUGAUUCUCGAUGCUAUUCAGGUUAGUGGUAAAAUGGUAAAAUGCAUGGAAUAGGACAAUAUACUAGUUCGACUGGAUAAACAAGGAAAGGAGAAUGGUCUAAUGGGAAAAGGCUUAAAUGGAUUUGA